AUGGAAGAGGCCGACGCUCGCCUGCAGGAAGUCGUCGCUUCGCUGCUCAACGAGCACGGGGGUAGCCACGAGCAGGCGCUCCGGCAGACGUUCGCGUGCCUGCACAACUCUGGGCUGUACGAGGCGCAGUCUGCCGCUGAGGAGGAACAGAGGGAGCAGCAGGUGCUAGCGGUCUUCCGCUCGUUUCCGUUCCGAACCCCGGCCGCCCCCGAGGGCAACGGUGCCGGGAGCCUCGUGGAGGAGACCCAGGCGCCGCCGCCGCCGCCGCCGCCGGCGGCGUACAACAACGCCCUCGCACGGGAGCCUGAGGAGGCGGGCGAGGUGACCCCGGCCCAGGUGGACCCGGAGAACGUGGGGGAGGACGCAGGAGCUCAGCCAGCGCCCGAGGCUUUGUUGCCGCUGAAUCCGGUCGAGCCCCAACCAGCAGACCAGCAGCCAUCGCCGGCGCCUCCAGGUCCGGAGGUGAGUCACCAGGGAGCGGCCCCGCCGUCCAACCUCCCACCGCAUCAGCCACCUGCCGGAGAGGACGCGGCGCCGCCACAAGUCUCGGCUACUCCCGAGAGUUUCGCGUCUGCGGCACUGGAUACUGGAGACGCAGUAGUCGCACCGGCAGCGGCGGCGGCGGUAGGAGGCUUGCCAGCGGCGGCGGCGGCCGGGGCGGUGGCCGGGGGAGGCGUUGAGGAGACGAAGGGCGAAGAGUGGGGCGAGGGGAUAAUAUAUCCCGAGACUGGGGAAGCGGAGGCGGGGUUGCCGGUCGCCGUAGAGGAAGGCGCGGCGGGGGCAUCAACGGAAGAAUCGGGGUCACAGCUUGAAGCGGGGGGGCAACAAGAAGAGACAGGGAACGGAGCGGCGGGAGCGCACGGCGAGAGCACUUACGGCUGUAACGGCACCGCGGCGUCCGAAACCAGCAAAGGAGUAGUGUACAGCGACCCGGAGAGCACCCGGCAGGAAGGGGGCACGGCAUCACAACAGCAGGAGCCACCACCUCAACAAGAACAGGAGGCGGCGCGAACCCCUCAGGUUAACGGAGGUCCUUCCACCGCCGCCGCCGCGGCCGCCGCCGCCGCUGUGGGUGAAGCAGCCGGAGGAGGGAGAAAUAUGGACGCUCUCGCGCGCCCCGCGGACGCUGGCGAUGGUGGUGCUGCCGCUUCAGCGACCGUUCCAGCUCCCGCCGCCAGCACCGCCGGCGCCGCCGCGGCCGUGUCUGCGCCGACGACGACAGCGGUAACAGAGCCACACCUCAAGACCGCUGGGCAGCCCUUGACCCACGCGAACCGCGCGGAGUCCCCUACGGGGAUGUCGACCGACCUCCAGGACAAGCUCAAGGCGCUCAAGUUGCGCCGCAAGCACCGGUUCGUCACGAUGCGAAUCGAGGGGACGGAGGUGGUGGCGGAGACGGUGGCGGCGCCCGCGGAGGGCCCGGCGGAGCUCAAGGCGGCGCUGCCGUACAGCGACUGCCGGUACGCGGUCUACGACCAGGCGAUCGUUACCGCGGAUGGCCGCAAGGCCAACAAGCUCUUCUUUUUCACGUGGGUUCCGCACAACGCCACGCCCCACAACAAGAUGGCGUACUCUCACGGGAAGGUGACGGUGAGGCAACGCCUGGAGGGUUUGUACGAUGUGGCGGCCAGCAGCUUCGGGGACGUGGAGGUGGCGCUGGGGUUGGUCGACGAGGACGAGGAAGACUCAGACAUCGACUUUUGAAGUACAUCUCUAGGCACGAUUCGGGGUAUUUGUUCGGGGUAUUUUGCUGACGGCGACGAUCGAGUUAGUUGUGCUCUUUCCUACGGUACGUUUGUGUUUUGGUUUGACUUGUAGCUUGGGCUUUUACUAACAAACUGCGCUGCAGGGUGUGGGCCGCUAACGACGAGUGUUUAACGAUAACGGUGUGUCAUGACUGUUUCCCCCAGCUUUUUGUUUUGUCUUUUUUUUUUUUUUGUGCUUGAGGAGCCCCACCUGCGAGUCUUCCCGUGGAAGGGGGUUGAGGCGGGCUGUGUUGAUUCUUGCGUUAGGUCUGUAGUCUAUGACCGAGCACGAUUUUGUCCUUUCAGCGAUCGUUCGAUUUUUCGUGACUCGUUGCG